AUGCCCCACACGACAGAUGUCGACCUAGAAGCCGCAAGCUUAUGCCGGCAUUUGUUGGAUAGCUACAGCCCUGAUCACGGCGCAGGAUUCAUAACACCGAGCGUAUACGAUACGGCCUGGUUAGGGCUGGUCAAAAAAGGGAAUGCCAACGGACAGCAGCAAUGGCUUUUCCCAGAGUGCUUCCAAUAUCUCCUUGAUACGCAGUUGGCCGAUGGUGGCUGGCAGGCGUACUCUCGGGUGGACGGCAUUCUCAACACGGCGGUAUCGCUGCUGGCCCUUCGCCGCCAUGCCUCUGAGCCGCUGCAAAUCGCAAGCCCGCCGGCAGCAGAUGUUAAUGGUCGGGUUGAACGGGCAACGGCUGCCUUGCAGGCCAUGUUAAAUGCGUGGGAGGUGGCGGAGACGGUGGAGGAGACGACACACUUCGCCUACGAAACCAUAGUACCAACUUUACUGCGCCUUUUGGAAGAUGAAGGGAUUCCAUUCGAGUUCCAGGGCAAAGCUGCCCUAUUGGAAAUGCGCGGGGCAAAAAUGGCGGCUUUCAAUCCAGAAAAUCUUUAUGGAAAGACGAAAAUCCCAGCCAUUCACCACCUCGAAGCAUUCCUGGGCCAAAUCGACUACAGCAAAGUUGCACACCACAAGGUUGGUGGUGGUUUCAUGGGGUCGCCUUCUUCGACGGCGGCUUAUUUGGUUGGGUUACCAAAUGCAGCAUGGGAUGACGAGGCGGAGGGGUAUUUGUUCAAGGUUUUGGCCAAGGCGGGUGGGAAAUGUGUGCCGAGUGCAUCACCCUCCAUCGACUUUGAGUCUUUAUGGAUACUAUCGGCCUUGUUGCAAGCCGGAUUUUCGGAAACGCAGCUAGGCUCGGCGGCGAUAGACGUUGCUGAAGUGCUGGACCGAGCAUUUGAAGCGGGAAGCGCCGCCGUUGGAUUUGUGCCCUCAAUCAUGGUAGACGCCGACGAAACGGCCAAAUUGCUCAUCUUGCUCAACACGCUCGGGAUUCCCAAGUCUGCCGCAAAAUUGUUGAAGGAUUACAAGACAGCCAGUUUCGGCACCAGUUGCAACGUCCUCCUUGCGCUGCUGCACCAACCUAAUCCGGCUGAACAUGUCGACCAAAUCGUCAAAGUGGUCGACUUUAUAGGCAAUGCUUGGUGGAAGAAUAAUUGGCCGAUGCAAGAUGAAAAGAACCAUUCCCCCUUCUAUCCCUGUUUACUCGUUGUGCAAGCACUGGUUAAGCUUGUCGAACUUCUGGAAGGCGGCAAACUAUCCGAAUCUCUUGUAUCCGAUACCGAAAUCAGGACCAAGAUAACUUUGGCAAUAUUUCACGCAACCAUUCGCACAGUCGAGGCGCAGGAAAGCGAGGGCUCUUGGAAUCAAUCGGUGGAGGAAACGGCCUACGCUGUCAUCCUGAUUUCGACGGCAGCUCACGUCGCCUUGUUCGAUCCGAUCCGGCAACGUCUGGUCGACGCUGUGCGGAAUGGUGAGAAAUGGCUCCAACGAAAUCAAGCCAAAACCUCACAGGCGGGCGAAUAUCUUUGGAUUGGAAAAGUUAGCUACGGCAGCCCUGUUUUAACUAGAGCCUAUCGCCUAGCCGCCCUCAAGUCCGCGUCUUUCCUUGCCGAAAAAAGCACAAUAGGACACUGUCUUCGUACCGCCGAUUCCUGGCCCGAAUCGAAAGGUUACAUUAAAGUUUACAGCCGCACGCCACUGUUUUGCAAAGUCCCAGAACCGGAGCUUUACACCGCCGUUCUUGAGAGCUCACUCUUUCUGCCCAUGCUGAAAGAGCGAAGAUACAACAUAUUUUCGCGUGAAGGCGUGUCCAAGGAUAAGUACUUCACCUUGGUACCUUUUACGUGGACCGGCUCCUGCAUGCUCAAUGGGCUGCAGCCGUCGGCCGAGUGGUAUUGGGAAAUGACCAAGGUUGGGGUUUUGGGCUUUCAAACCGACGAGUUCUUCGAGGGGGUCUUGCGGCCUGAUGAACUAGACCUGUUCAGGCGGUACGUGCGAUUCCUCGUCCCAAUCGAGUUUGACGACUCGCACUUCGAACCCGACAAGGUCCCAGGCAUCGAACGCCUAAAGCCGAUGGCGGACUACACAGAUUAUAUCAUGAACCACUGGGCCGUCCAAAGGGCUACUCCCGCCGACAGGCUCGACAUGGCGCGCGAGCUGCGGGCCUACCUUUUUUCACAGAUCCACCAGACGGGACUCAACAUCCAGUCGGCACGACUAGGUGCCGCGUUCAAGCACCCCCAAAGCUAUUUCAUGUGGGCGCGCAUCACCGGCACCGAGCACAUCGCCUCGCCCAUCUACUUUUCCUUUCUGGCUUGCAUGAUCCCGCAGUCUGUGCUGCCCUCCCUGGCCGGCUCGGACAUCCUGCCCACCAUGGAGGAAAAGUAUUACUCCGAGGCCGUCAGCAAGCACUCUGGCGCAAUGUGCCGCAUGUACAACGACAUGGGUUCGAUCCCCCGUGACACCGCCGAAAAGAAUCUCAACUCAGUCCACUUUCCCGAGUUCAACCAGACGAUUGCCGAGACCAAAAAGCAGGCCCUGUGGGAUAUUGCCCAGUUCGAGAGGGAGGCUUUUGAAGAUGCCCUGGCGAGGUUAGAGCGUGCCACGAGAAAACGUAUGGUUAGCAUGGGAGAGAAAGAGAAGCAGGUGACCGAAGUGAGGAUCAAGUAUUGGCGCAUGUAUUGCGAUAUCACGGAUUUGUACGGGCAGAUUUGGGUGUUACGCGAUUUUUCGGCUCCCGUUUUCCAGCCCGCGCGUUGA